UUUGCUUCUUGUGAAACCAGUGUAUAAUUUUAGAAGGUAGAGGCCAUAAAUUAAUGAUCGUUAUAGCCAAAGAAGAGUAUUAUGAUGUUUCGUGGCGGUGUUUUUGAUCGCAUGUGAUCACCACACGUAAUUCAGAAGUCAAAAUCACGACGUUGUUGGUUCUUAGAGGAGCAUUGAUGUUACCAGGUGUACAUGUGUUCCCCAUUAUCGCCAAAGCUAAACGGGGAAACUGGACUGAAUGGGGAAGAACUUCUUCACUCCGAUAUUUAAUUUGAGGAAAUUAAUUUGAAGGUGAGCUGGAAUAGUCUAGUUUCCUCUCGAUCGAUUGGGAAUUUGCAAAUUUUCUUAGUUUCUCAUUUCUGACUUGGUCAAACAUAGUUUUUUGUUAUGCCCUCUUAUAAUUUCGUUUAGUAGCGUUAAAUGUGUCAAUUUAUUUUACUUCCUUUGUGUUAUGAAAAUUCCUUUCGCCCUCAGGUUUCUUAGUUGCCUUCUUGCGCAAUGACUUUCAAGGUGAUCCAUUUUUACUGAUCAGAACAAAAUCCACACGAUGGAGUUGUCAUUCGUUCAUUAUGAAUUUUUUUUUCAAAGUUAUUUCUAUCACGCGGCGCCGGAAGCUUCCUGAAUGGACGAUCUCACUCAAGAGCAGCAAGAGAUUUUAGACAAAGUUGGUUGAUAUGUAAACUUAACCAUCUAUAGCAGUACAACAUUAACAGUUGAGAUAUAGAUAAUGAGUGUAUUCAGUAUGAUGUAUUUGUAAGUUAUGGACCGAAAUGAUUUGGAACAUGAGGUUGUAAACAUGAGAAUUAUGCCUUAUAACAGACUAAAACAAAAUUAAUCCUGACCAUAGACAAUUUACAAAAUAGACUCCUCAUUGCCAUGCAUCUGUUUAAUAAUUAAUAGAUCACAGAUGAUGUCAAAAUUUGAUAAGAGCAAAAAGUAUCACAUGCGUUUCGGGUUUGUGUCAGUGAUAUUUGUCAUUCAAAUCAUGACGAUCACUUUUUGUUGAGAUGGCUGCGAGCAAGAGAUUUCAGUAUCGAAAAAGCAGAAUUCAUGCUAAGAGAGAGCAUGAAUGUUCGCAGGCAGAUGAAACUUGACACUUUGGUGGAAACCUACAUAGUUCCAGAAGUAUUGUCAAAAUAUUAUCCAGGAGGUUAUUUUGGUUUUGAUAAAGAAGGCACUCCAGUUUUCAUUGAUCCAAUUGGACAAAUUGACUUUAAAGGGUUGCUGUCAUCUGCGAAGAAAGAUGAAAUUAUCAGAUUCAAAGCCUACUUAGCUGAAUAUGCAAUGUUCCUAUGCAGAAAUCAAUCUUCCAGGCUCGAUAAACGUGUCGAUCAGGUUGUGAUGGUGAUGGACAUGGAGGGACUGGGACUAAAGCAUCUUUGGAAGCCAGGUGUCAUGCUUUUCAACAAGAUAACAGGAUUUUAUGAAGAUAACUACCCAGAAGUGAUGAAGAAUAUUCUUGUUAUUAAUGCACCCAGGAUAUUCCCAAUAGCAUAUGCUUUGGUAAAACCAUUUCUGAAUGAAGUGACGAGAAACAAAGUGAAAAUACUAGGAGUGGACUGGAAAACUGAGCUGCUUGAGUAUAUCAAUGAAGACAAUCUGCCAGAAUAUUAUGGAGGCACCUGCAGAGACCCUGAUGGUGAUCCAUUGUGGAGAUCAAAGAUAUGUUAUGGUGGUGAUGUACCAGAAUCAUAUUACCAUAAAGAUAAUAACAAAACUGAGAUUUGGACAAAUGAACAGUAUGAAGUUGGGUGUGUCAAGCGGGGAACUGCACUGAAACUAAACUUUGAAGUUGAAGUACCAGGCAGUGUUCUGAGUUGGCAGUACAAGUCUGUGGACCAUGAUAUUGGAUUUGGAGUCUUUUAUUCAGAGAAAGGCAGUAAACAUUCCAAAGAUUUGGAGGAGAAGAUUCCAACAGAAAGACGGAACUGUCACAUGAUUCCAGAGGAAGGUUCAAUUCUCUGUGAGAAACCAGGCAUUUAUAUUCUUCGUUUUGAUAACUCAUACAGUUGGACACGAAACAAAAAGAUUCUCUACAAUGUGGAAAUUCUCUAUCCGUUUAAGGAUUCAGACGAUCAUUUGGAUGUAUCUUGAUUGUCAUGCAGAAUUCCAACAUUCGCUUUAACGCUGUUUUUUAAAUCGGCAAUUUGCGUAAAAAUUUUACGGAUUUAAGUCAAACGUUCCGUGAAAAGUCACUCAGUUUUUGUCAUUCUUGUUCAAAUCUGUGUGAUUUAGAGGUAACAAUCAAUUACCCGUUUUUAUGCGAGAGCAAACCCGGCCGAGUUGAUUUCGACAACAUUUGAAAAUUUCAAGAAGGCAGUUGACUUAUACCAUUUGUGCGUAAUAUUUUUAUUUAUUUAUUUAUUUGUAGAAAGAGAUUAUAAAUUUACAAAGUUUUAGUAUCAAUUUAAGAGACUAUCAGUUGUUCUGGUUGUAGUUACUUAUAUGAAAAAAAAUAACUUUCUUUAAACCAUUUAUCGAGGUACUAAGGUAGCUCGUUUCAUCAUUUAUUCAUUGUGAGGUGUAAUUUUUAGAAAGGCAACUUUUAAUAAAAGUAGCCUGAACGAUGAAUUUGA